CUCGCCUCUUGCUCUUUCCCUGGAAGGCAUGGGAGGCAAGGAGGGGGCGGAUUCUCCUUCCUCCACCACCGUUGGACCUUAUGGGGAGAAGUGUAAAUAUGAUCCCUCUUUCCGUGGUCCUAUCCAGAAAAGGAGUUGUACAGAUAUUAUUUGUUGUGUUAUUUUCGCUGUUUUCAUCGUUGGUUACAUUAUCGUGGGGCUUGUGGCCUGGCUCUAUGGCGACCCCCGGCAAGUUAUUUUUCCCAGGAAUUCAACUGGAUCCUAUUGUGGAAUUGGUGAAAACCGUGAGAAACCUUUCUUGCUCUACUUCAACCUUAUCAAAUGUGCCACAAGUGUGAACAUCCUCGCAGCAGCAAUGAAUGGAUUGCAGUGCCCCACAGCACAGAUUUGUGUCUCAUCCUGUACGGAGAAGUUCUGGGUUGUGCCACCCAUUGCCUUUUUCCCUCCUGGUAGCCCACUUUACCAGCGUCCUUCCAAAAUAUGGAACCAGACGUUAUGCCAGCCAAGUAUUGACCUUGGCACCACUAACCUGACUUCAAGAGAAAUUCUCCAGGAAGAGCUCUGUCCAGAAUUCACUCUUCCAACGCAACCAGUCCUUAAUCGCUGCUUUCCUACUUUUAAUAUCGCCGAAGCUGGUAAUUUUAAUUUGAGUGGGAAGACAGUCAAUGAAACCAUGGAAGAUAUCAAGUCAGGAGCAGAACAGCUGAUAAAGGCUCUCGAUGCCAAAAAUAUUGGACUGAAGAUCUUUGAGGAUUUCACCCGCUCCUGGUACUGGAUCCUGAUAGGCCUCCUGAUCGCCAUGGUCCUCAGCCUCCUCUUCCUUGUGCUGCUCAGAUUCACUGCCGGGGCUCUGGUGUGGAUCCUGAUUAUUGGGGUGCUGGCUGUCGUUGCGUAUGGAAUUUUUCACUGUUAUAUGGAAUACAGCAGCCUCAGCAAGAAUGGCACCACAUUCCAGUCCAUUGGAUUCACCACCAAUUUGAGCGCCUAUGGCAGCGUCAAGGAAACCUGGCUUGUGGUCUUGAUCAUCCUCUGCGUGGUGGAAGCCAUCUUGCUCCUCUCCCUCUUGUUCUUGCGCAAACGCAUCCUCAUUGCCAUUGCCCUCCUCCGGGAAGCCAGUCGAGCCAUUGGACACAUGAUGUCUACCCUCUUGUACCCGAUUUUGACUUUCAUCUUGCUGGUGAUCUGUGUGGCCUAUUGGGGAAUGACUGCCCUAUACCUUGCCACUUCAGGAACUCCCCUUUACCGCGUGACUUCCUUCAACCACAGUGCUCCUGGCUGUGAAAGCAUCUCUGGCAAUCAGAGCUGUAAUCCAUUGAAAUUCAAUGCCUCUGAAUACCACCCGUGCUCCGUGGAGUGCAUCUUCUUCAAGUACAAUGACCAAGGGCUGGUCCAGCAAAACCUCUUCAACCUCCAGAUCUACAACAUCCUGGGCUUCCUUUGGUGCAUCAACUUUGUCAUUGCCCUCGGACAGUGUGUGCUGGCCGGAGCCUUUGCCUCAUACUACUGGGCCUUCAGGAAACCCCGAGACAUCCCCGCCUGUGCUGUGUGCAGUGCCUUCAUCCGGACAUUAAGAUAUCACAUAGGAUCCCUGGCAUUUGGCGCCCUCAUCCUCACCAUUGUCCAAGUCAUCCGUAUGUUCCUAGAGUAUAUGGACCACAAAUUGAAAGACUCCAAUAAUCCUGUUGCCCGGUGUAUCUUGUGCUGCCUGAAAUGUUGCUUCUGGUGUCUGGAGAAGUUCCUCAAGUUCCUCAACAGAAAUGCCUACAUCAUGAUUGCUAUUUAUGGGAAGAAUUUCUGCAUCUCAGCCAAAAAUGCCUUCAAGCUGUUGAUGAGGAACGUUGUCAGGGUUGUGGUGCUGGAUAAAAUAACAGACCUGCUGCUCCUUUUUGGAAAGCUGCUGGUGGUUGGAGGAGUUGGCGUGCUCUCUUUCUUCUUCUUCACGGGACGCAUCCCCAUCCAUGACUCCCGGUUCCAGUCCCCCACUUUGAACUACUACUGGCUUCCCAUUCUGACGGUGGUGGUGGGCUCCUACCUCAUAGCCCAAGGCUUCUUCAGCGUCUACAGCAUGUGUGUGGACACUCUCUUCCUCUGUUUCCUGGAAGACUUGGAGCGGAACGACGGCUCCCUGGAGAAGCCUUACUACAUGGACAAAUCGCUCAUGAAGAUUCUCAACAAAAAGAACAAAGCAGACCAGAAUAAAUAAUUCUGGCAAAAGUGGGCACCCAUCCCUCAAUUUGUUGAUUCCCAUGACCCUGGUCCUUAUCAUUUUUUGCUGUAUCAAGUACAGCUUACUAUGCACCUUCUUCCCUUCAUUCAAAAGUCGUUUUUAUAAAUGGGCCUUGCACAAGAAAACUUGCGAAUUUUGCACCAUUUUUCUUUAACCUGCUGCUUUCCUUGUCCUGCUAUUAUCCAAAUAUAGCCAACUGGAGAAACUUGAUUGCACUGGCCAUGUUAAUUUAUAUUUUUUAACAGCGGCAACCAUUUUUAACACAAUGCCAUAUAGUUUUUGGAAGUGUUCUUUGGCUA